UUGUCCGUUAUUUACUACUAUCAUAUUUUGCAGGUUCUUGCAGCAUGUCUUUACCCUCAGCUUGUGAACAGUGACAAACUGCCUGUGGACGUCAGAGAGAGGGCCCAGAAGCUGCUUGGGGGAUGUGCAGGAGGGAGUGUGGGUUCUUAUACUGCUACUGCUGGUAUAUCGGAAAUAGUCCAGAGGGUUUCUGAAUUCAUAACGAGACGAGAUGGAGGAGUUCCAUCUUACCCUGAAAACAUAUACAUCAGCCCAGGCUCACAGUGGUCACUCACGAACAUUUUCAAAGUAUUGGUGAAUAGCGAGGGUUCACGCAGAACAGGUGUGCUGACUCCAGUGCCAUGCCACUACACUACCAUUUUGUCCAUAGUGGAACUGGGAGGAGUCGUCUUUCCCUACUACCUGAGCGAGGAGCAGGGCUGGGAGCUGCAGCUAGAAGAGCUACAUCGAGCGCUGGAAUCUGCAAAGGGAGUCUGUAACCCUGUAGCUCUGUAUGUCAUCAACCCUGGAAAUCCUUCAGGUCAUGUUCAAAGCAGAAAAUCAAUGCAAGAGGUGAUCCGGUUUGUUUCAGAGAAGAGGCUCUUCCUUCUGGCUGAUGAGGUCUAUCAGGACUGUGUUUAUGGGGAAAGGAGUGAGUUUGUCUCUUACAAGAGGGUCCUGUCUGAGAUGGGCCCUCCUCUUUCAGACACGGUGGAGCUGGCAUCCUUCCACUCAGCAUCCAAAGGCUUCAUGGGAGAAUGUGGUCUGCGUGGUGGAUAUGUGGAGCUGGUAAAUCUGGACCCCGCUGUUCUGAAAAACAUUUACAAGCUGUUCUCGAAAGACAGCUGUGCCCCUGUGUUGGGUCAGAUUGCCUUGGAUCUGAUGACGAACCCUCCACAACCAGGAGAUCCCUCAUACCCCCUUUAUAAAGCAGAGACACAACACUUCAGGUCCACGGUGGUUCACAAUGUGAAGACAGUCCAUCAGGUUGUUAACAGCCUGCCAGGUUUCUGCUGCCAACCAGUGGGAGGAGGAGCAUUUGCCUUCCCCAGACUUCAUCUUCCACCUAAAGCCAUUCAGAAAGCCAAGGAAGUGGGAAUGCAACCAGAUACGUUCUACUGUAUCAGACUACUGGAGGAGGCUGGUGUGUUCAUCACUCCUGGUUCUUACUACGGACAACAGGAGGGCACCCACCACAUCAGGUGUUUAUAG